UACUGCAGCACAACAAAUUCCAGCUUGAACUUUUCGCCAACGAAAGAAGAAAACAAACGGCUUUUCAGUUCACUUUCGUUUGUCGAACCAUUAAGACGCGCAACAAAACAACAGCAGAAAAAACAUUUAUUCCAUUGGAUUUUUGAAUAAUUAAAGGUCUUCACAAAACGUUUUUACGCUUUUCAGACCCAACUACCGAAAAAAAAAAUCAAAAUAAAUAAAAAUAUCACUCGCACUUUUAUGUUGUCUCUCAUUUAACAAUUUUUAUCAUUUUCAUUUAUUUAUCUUCAAGUUUUUAUCUGUGUGUGCAUGGAUGGAUAGUUGUAAAAAAAAAAACUACUCAAUUCGUAACUAAAAUUGUAUCUAUGAGUUUGUAUUGUCUUGUGUUAAGUUAAGUUGAUAUUGAAGCUGAAACCAAGCUGUGGUGCGUGUUGAAAUAUUUAGCAUAUUUUUAUAAGCGUUGAAGACGCGCAGACGCAAUUCAUAAUCGUGCGAUCGGACAAGUCGGUCGGUCGUUCAAUCUUUAAAACGCGCUUGUUUUAAUGGCAACAUUUCGUUGAAAUAUUGGUACUAAACGGAAAGUAAAAGUUACAAACAGAAAUAAUAACGAAAAAAUCAAAAAUAUUUUUUAUAAAUCUAAAAAGAAAAAUUAAAAAACGACUUAAAAAUACGUUACGAAUUUUAAAAUUACAAAAAAAAGUUCUAAAAUAAAACACAAAAUACAAAAUAUUUUAUGAAUAAAUUAUUAAACAAAAAAGAAAUAUAAAUAAUAAUUCAAUAUUACAUAAGAAAAAUCGAAGCAAAGAAAAAAUAAGAAAAUACAUAAUAAUAAUAAAAAAAUUAUUAAAUAAAUCAAAUAAAUGGUGUAAACAAAUAUUUACUCUUGGCUAAAGUGAAAGUUAUUUUUUACCAAAAAUAAUUUUUGUCAUUAACUCAAUAAUUUUUGUUCAUAAUUUAAACUAAAUAUUUUAACGAAAAACCAAAUACAACAAUUAACUAAAGAAAAGCCACACAAAAAAAAUGCAUGUGUUUUAUUUAAGCCUGUGGGCUGUCCUACUAGUCCAUAUCUCAUGGACCCAGGCAGCCAUCGAUCAGAAUAGUGGCAGUGAAUUGACAAAACUAACAAAUCUCACACACAUGCUCAGUGAUCAAAUGACUCUGCUGAAUUUACGUCUUCACGAUGUAAAUAUUUCAUCAAAUUUUGAAAGCGCCAUGGAUGCAACAGUGACUAAUAUUGAUUUAACGAAUACAUUACGGCUCAAGGAUAUGCUUAAUGUAUUCGAUCUGAAUGUGAUCGCUUCACAGUGGAUUAAUAUUAAAAGCGAAUUUUCAGCAAACUGUUCACGGGAUAUUUAUAAAUAUUUACAAGGAUUAAGCAAAUCAAACAUGUGGUCGGUGAAAAUGGAUGAUGCUUCCGGCCAUUACGCUUCUGGUUUCUUCUAUGGCAACAACUAUUGGAUGGGUUCAAUGUCACUCUGUAAGGCAGUUUAUCAUGAUGAUGAUGAUGAAGAAGAUCAAAUUCGCCGAGAGACAGAAAAAAAUUCUGGUUUACCAUUUGCCAAAGCCCAUUUGCAGUCGUACACAUCUGUCUACAAUGAAAAUCCACCAUUCAUUCCAGGAUUUUAUAUUAUAAAGUUGUUGUUAAAUGAAACAUAUCCCACAAGUGUUAUUAGAACGGUUUAUGUUGGCGUCUGUUUACCAUCAUCUUGCUCCAGUGGAGAUGUUAUAGAAUUGGCCAAACACGGUCAUCGUUCAUUAGAUUCGCGAGCAAUCAAUAUAUUGGAUGUACGCGUACCUACCGAUAGGCAAUUCAAUAUUUUCGAAGAUCGCACGUUUUGGAUAUUAAUAAUCGUGUCAACAAUUGUUUUACUAUUAAUUCUAACCGGCACCAUGUAUGAAGUAUUUCUGCGAAGACGUCUGCGCGAAGCUCUGCGUCAACAGGAUAAGGAAAUGAUGAACAACAGUGAAACGUCUUCGGGUAUUGGAUGUGCUUCAUCCGAUUACAGUGAUUCGGUGACGACUGAUUCGUUGAAAAAAGAAUCUCUUAAAGAAUUGAAUAUAGUGUUGAACCUGCCCCACACAGUAACAAAUUGCAAUGGUGUAACUACUAGCAACAGUACUUCCGAUGAACAUCUGGAAGGUCAUUUACAUGAACCGGAAAAACUAAGCAUUUAUUCCGAGCUUCUGUUAUCCUUCUCGGCUAUAACGAAUUUCAAUGCAAUCUGUGAUCGUAAUGUUGGUUCUGAUACCAUACCUUCCAUACAUGGUCUAAGAGCUUUCUCCAUGGCCUGGGUUAUAUUGGGUCAUACUUGUAUUGUAAUAUUUAAAUAUUCCGAUAAUUUGGAAUUGCGCAAAGAUGUCGAAAAGAAUUUCUUCUUCCAAGCCAUCACCAAUGGACCAUUCAGUGUGGAUACAUUCUUCUUUAUCAGCGGUUGUUUGGUUUCGUAUCUCUAUUUCCGCACAAAUGCCAAGGGUAAAUUGAAUAAACUGGCCAAAGGUUCGAAUGAAUUCACUAGAUGUACGGCCCACUUCUUCGGUUUGGUUAUGUACCGUUUUAUGAGAUUGACGGCUCCUUAUUUAUUCGUUUUGGGCGUAGUACAAGUAUCUAUGAAAUAUUUGGCCGCCUACUCAAUUUUUGAUCCUCCCACUAACGAUCACAUUACAUGUCCUGAUUAUUGGUGGCGUAAUAUGCUCUAUAUUAACACUCUAUUUCCGGUGGAACAAAUGUGCAUGUUAUGGAGUUGGUACUUGGCUAAUGAUACACAAUUCUAUAUAAUUGGAGCAAUCAUCCUCAUAGUAUCAGUACGACACUUCAAAUUGUCGGCGUUUACAACAUGUGUCUUCCUUGUUUUAUCGUGGAUAACUACUGCAGUCAUUGCCUUUACAAAUAAUCAUCGUCCUGAUUCAGAUGAUCCUUUGGCAUUGUUUGAUAAAAUCUACGAUAAACCCUGGACUCGUUUGGGUCCCUAUUUAAUUGGCAUGGCUGUGGGAUGGAUUCUUUUCCGCACAAGUUGCAAAAUUCGCAUGUCCAAAACAACUGUGAUCACUGCCUGGACUUUGGCAUCCCUAAAUCUAUUCGUUUUAAUAUUUGGCCUUUAUCGGGCCGAACUCUCUCAACUCACUGCUGCUUUAUACAGUUCUCUAAGUCAUUCGGCGUGGGCUUUAUCCUUGGCCUGGAUAACCAUUGCCUGUUCAACUGGUUAUGGUGGUUUUGUUAACACUUUGCUGUCAGCGCCAUGUCUUUAUCCCUUCUCCAGAGUAACAUACUGUGCUUAUUUGGUUCAUCCCAUUGUUAUACGUUCAAUGGCCUUGAAUACGGAUUCGCCUUUACAUUUGGGUGGUGAUACAAUGGUUGUCAUGUUCUUUGGAUUUGUAGUGGCCUCAUAUCUACUAUCAUUCGUAGUGUCAAUGUCAUUUGAAGCACCCGUUGUAACAAUGCUUAAAAUUUUAUCUCCUAGUCGAAAAAAGCGUCUCGCUUAAUUUAUCAAUAACUAAAACAAAAACUACGCUUGCAAUUGUUUUAUAUUUAAAUUAUGUACAUAAAUAUUUGUUAAGUUUUAUUAAAAGACAAAAGUCAAAACGAAACACUCCUCUAUUUAUCAACGAACUAAAUGAAAAACAAAAAAACUCAUCACACAUUUUAUACAUUUCAACAAAAAAAUUAACACAAAACAAACAAAUCAUUUUUAACGAAAUGAAAUUGUAUAAAAUAUGAAACCCACAUUGUCAUUUCUAUGUAUUGUAUUUUUAGUAAAUUAAGAAAAUUUUCACAAAAAAAAACGAACAAAUUCUAUCUCUUUCUUACUUUUUAUUUAAAUUAUUCCAAAGGAUUAAGGUCGACAAUAAAACAUUUUACAUUUUUUUUAUUUUUAUUUUUAACACAUUUCAAAUACACGCCAACAUACAACAAGAUCAUUUCAUUAUUAUUUUUAUUUUGUUAAAACAAACAACUUUUUAAUAAUACAUAUGUAUUAAAUAUUUGUAAUUAGAAAUUAAUUAGUAAAUAAUCAAUAUGUUUUGUAAAUGAAAAAUACAUAUGUAUGUAAUAUACAAAUGUGUAUAUAAUAUAUUUUUUUAAAUUAUUUUUAAUUUAAUAUACAAACAAUAAUAAUGUGCAAAACUCAUGUAUACAUUGAAUUGAUUCAAAAUAAAAUGUUUAGUCUUAAACCAAA